AUUUGUGCUCCAAACCAGCAAGCAAUUAUUGAGCCGCUGCGACAGUUAUGUAUCCCGGAAGUAGGUGCUUCGUUUGCUUUCAAAGCUGCUUUGGAUGGACGUUUUGAGAUUCCUGUUCAGUUAUACGAACCAGGCCUGUAUCCGGAUGGCUUCAUUGCACCUGUGAGAUUUCUGUGGACUACUAAUAGGGAUGAUGGGGGAUACUCUCUGGUCUUGUGGGUUCAUCCAUCUUCGAGUGACGCUGUUCUUUCUAAAUUGAAACAGUUGUUGAAUCUAAAGAAACGGGAUCAAGAGAUGAAAGAACAAGCUGGAAAGCUUCCGUCCAGCAUCGAUGAAUGGCGUCUGCGUAAUUUGCAAAUAAGAACGGACGUUUAUGAAAAUGAAGAAGGUCUGAAGGUACUGGAUUUGAGUGAUCAGUUGAUCCGAUUUAGGCUGCAUGGCCCUAAAGCAUGUGCAGUAUUGCAUGAAGUUCUAGCAGUUGUUGAGGAGAAAACAGAUUCAAACGAGCCAUGGAUAAGCGAGUUCAUGUAA